AUGUCGAUGACCUCCCUUCAAUCUUCCAAUUCUUACUCUCCCUUUUCGUCCCAAGCUAAACGAAUGACACAAUCUCAAACCCCCGGCCUGGACACUCUUGCGGAGGGCUCGCAAUAUGCACUAGAGCAGCUCCAAUUAGCACGAGAAGCUGGUGCAUCUGCCAAUGCUCCGACCGAUCCCAAUAACUCUCACACCGACUCGAAAUCGUCGCAACACUCCCAGCACCUCCUUUACACUGAAAAAAAUGGUUCCAAUUCAAGUCUAAAGGAUCCUGAAUUACGUGAUUCUCUCGCCGAGGCGCGCUCUACCAUUCGCAAAAACUCUGCGACCCCAGUCCGUCGGAGAAUUAGCCGGGCCUGCGACCAGUGCAACCAAUUGCGAACCAAGUGCGAUGGGCAAAACCCCUGCGCGCAUUGCGUUGAGUUUGGGCUUAGCUGUGAGUACGCUCGCGAGCGCAAGAAGCGCGGGAAAGCAUCCAGAAAGGAUAUAGCCGCCACUGUUAUUACCGACAGUGACAUGGGUAGCAAUGAAAAUACGGCACAUAACAAAAGACAGUCCUCCAACGGACAGAUUUUGCAUGAAUCCAAUGAAAGUUACGACCCUGCGUUUGAUGCUGCGCGCACCUUAGCCGAGAGUGCACAAGCUCGGUCGCAUAACGCAGAGGUGGCUGGCUUAUCUGCGAUGCGCCAAAAUCAGGCUCCCGUCCAGGCGACCCCGCAACAGCAGAUGGGCUCCAACAUGGCGAGCAUGCCUUUUAAUAAUUAUGCAGCGCUGCAGGAGCCCCAUCGAACUUCGAUGCCCAUACCGGAUAUGCGCUCUAUACAGAUGAUGCAAAGCUCCAAUGGAAAUCCUCGGUCGCCUGGCGCAAUGCUUCAGUCCCAAGGAUUUGGCGCAGGAUAUAACGACAGCGCAUACCCUUUGAUCAACGCACAAGACAAUCCGGCUUCAAUGAAUCAUUUUCGCAUUGGAAACUCGACAGAUAAUCCAUCGGCUCCAUUUAUGGGAUUCUCUCCCCCAGCGCAAUCACCGAGUUGGUUGCCACUUCCCUCUCCAUCACCCGCCAACUUUCCCUCCUUCAGUAUGCCUCCUUUCUCCUCCGCACUGAGAUACCCCGUUCUGCAACCUGUUCUUCCGCACAUUGUUUCUAUAAUUCCUCAAUCUCUCGCCUGUGAUCUCCUCGAUGUUUACUUUACCAGCUCGUCUUCCUCGCACCUUUCACCUUCGUCUCCGUAUGUGGUGGGCUAUGUCUUCCGCAAGCAAUCGUUCUUGCACCCCACGAAGCCGCGGUCGUGUAGCCCUGGACUUCUUGCUAGCAUGUUGUGGGUCGCAGCACAAACAAGCGAGGCUGCAUUUCUGACAUCACCUCCUUCAGCUCGAGGCCGAGUCUGCCAAAAGCUCUUGGAAUUGACGAUUGGCUUACUUCGACCACUGAUUCAUGGUCCUGCCACCGGAGAAGCGUCCCCGAAUUAUCCAGCUAACAUGGUGAUUAAUGGGGUCGCUCUCGGUGGCUUCGGUGUUUCGAUGGAUCAAUUGGGGGCUCAGAGCAGUGCAACUGGCGCGGUGGAUGACGUGGCUACGUAUGUCCAUUUGGCGACCGUCGUCUCGGCCAGCGAAUAUAAGGCCGCAAGUAUGCGAUGGUGGACAGCUGCCUGGUCUCUCGCGCGAGAGCUCAAACUCGGUCGCGAAUUACCACCUAACGCAACGACUCGUCAAGACGGCGAAAUGGAGGGUGAUGGAGAUAUUGAUGUCAAUGGCAACAAGAGGCAAGCAUCUUCUCUGAUGGGCCACGGCCCAGGCAAUUCCGCAAUAAAUCUCACAGAGGAAGAACGCGAGGAACGCCGUCGGAUUUGGUGGCUACUAUAUGCGACAGAUCGCCAUCUGGCACUUUGUUACAAUCGACCCUUGACACUACUAGACAAAGAGUGUGAAGGGUUGCUACAGCCGAUGAACGACGAUAUAUGGCAAGCAGGCGAUUUUUCAUCCGUCAAUUAUCGCCGUGCUGGUCCAUCAUCCGAAUGCACUGGUCACAGCAUGUUCGGAUACUUCCUACCGCUGAUGUCUAUUCUGGGUGAGAUUGUAGAUCUACAACAUGCCCGCAAUCACCCGCGCUUCGGUCUCCAUUUCCGCAACAGUGGUGAAUGGGAAAGCCAGGCCAUGGAAAUCAGUCGACAGCUCGAUGUCUACGCACAAAGUUUAAAAGAGUUCGAGGCUCGAUAUACCAGCUCUCUCGCCCUUGGUACUGGCGAGGCUGAUGCUACCAUGGAAGGUUCAACCAUCAACCACGUCAGUCCAUCCGGUCGAUCGUGUAGCACGGUAGGAUCGCAUGUCAGCGAGUCUAUUGUUCAUACAAAGAUGGUCGUUGCCUACGGCACUCACAUAAUGCACGUCCUUCACAUCCUGCUGGCUGGGAAGUGGGAUCCGAUCAAUCUUCUCGACGAUAACGACUUGUGGAUUUCCUCGGAGUCUUUCAUUACUGCCAUGGGUCAUGCAGUCAGCUCUGCUGAGGCAGCCUCUGACAUUUUAGAGUAUGACCCUGAUUUGAGCUUCAUGCCUUUCUUCUUCGGCAUAUACCUCUUGCAGGGUAGUUUUUUGCUACUUCUGACUGCGGAUAAGCUGCAAGGGGAUGCCAGUUCUAGUGUUGUUCGGGCCUGUGAAACAAUCGUUCGAGCGCAUGAGGCUUGCGUUGUGACUUUGAACACGGAAUAUCAGCGAACGUUCCGAAAAGUGAUGCGCUCGGCUUUGGCUCAAGUCCGUGGCCGGGUCCCAGAGGACUUUGGCGAGCAGCAGCAACGUAGGCGAGAGGUGCUAGCCCUUUACCGCUGGAGCGGUGAUGGUAGCGGCCUCGCGCUCUAG